UUUCCAUGGACAUACCGGCGGUGCCACUGCCGAGUGAGCAGGAUGGAGAGCUAUGUGGAGAUAUCCUGCACUGUGAGGAGCAGCUGAGGACUACACUGCACUGUGAUGACAAGGAGAAGCUUCGUAGGAAGUUGGCACUGUUGCAAAGGGAGUACCUCAGGACAGCCGAGAGACUUCAGCGUGCUGAGCGUUUGGAUGCAGUCAGAAGACAUGUGAGGAGCCGAAUCAGUCAGCAGGACCAGAGAGACACAGAGGUGACAUCUAACCCCCAUCUGAGCCUAUCUUCAUUGAUACCAAACACCACCAAUGGGACAGACACAGGUGUAGCUGAGUGCCUGGGACACACUGGAGGUCCGGCAAAUCCUGAUAACUCCAGGAGGAACCAGGUGAUCAAGUUCCUGCUCCCCACUGAUACUGCUUGCACACAAACAGCAAAUCCCAGCCAUGAUGCAGCUAGAGGUCACAGAAACAGCCCUGCACUGCGCCUCAGGUCUCGCCGUAGCCGCCUGCGCUUGGAGAGGAGGAGUGCUGAGGCUGGCAGGAGCACAGACGAUAACAGCGAGGAAGGAUCUGGGCAGAGUGAAAGGGUGGAGAAUAUUAGAAGAGGAGGAAGUGAAGAGAGGGCCAAAACAGAGGAAACAGAGGUUGUGAAUGAAAGUGAAGAACUAUUUUCUUGUACGGACUCUGAGUCUCCCUCUUUGUUGCUUUCACACUGGAACACUUGUGGACAAACUGAAAGAGGAGACAUUGCGGAGAAAGAGAUACAAGGACAACCAGAACAAAGGGAAAAAGAGACUGAGUUGGGAGCUGAAGGGAGAAAAGAAUCAGAUUCAACAUCUUUGCUGCUAAGAUGUCGGACCGCUGCAGUUAACACUGAAGGAAGAGAACGAGAUGGCACGCAGAACGGAAGAGGAAGGGAGAUAGAGGGAGGAGGGGAAGCUGAGAAUCGUAGACAACAAAGGCUGUUUGAAGACAGCAGUAACAAAGAUACUGAACAAAACACAACAGAGAAAAUAGAAACUGAAAAUUGUCAUGAUAACACAGCUGAAAUUAAAGAGGAAAAAGGUGAGAUGGUUGGAGGAGAGCAUGAUGUAAAGGCUGUGAGUCUCCUGGACUCCUGUACCCUGGUGGAGGGACUACUUUUCCCAGCAGAGUACUACGUCCGAACCACAAGACGUAUGUCGUCUUCACAGAGCCAGCCUGACAUGCAGGCCGUCAUACUCUCCCAGCUGAACAUAGGACGACAUCGCAGGGGCCGGGGACGUGGCCGGGGACGUGGCCGGGGACGUGGCCGGGGCCGUGGCCGUGGCCAAGGAUCGAAUAGACACACAAACGACCAUGAAUGUUCAGAUCAACACACUCAGACACAAUCACCAGGUCCUCACAUGGAAUCACAUUCUGCUAAUACAUCUGCUGAGCUUAACAGUCAGAGCUCCAGUGGGAUUUCAGAUCAAAACUCAGCUUGUCAGAUCGACGUGGAUGCUUGUUAUUCUCCCACAGUCACCACUGCUCACCCAGCAAGAGGUAGGAGGAGAAGAAGAGGCAGGGGCAGGGGGAGACCUCAGCCCCUACAACGCUCUGUUAGUUUAGACACCCAUCAACUCGGCCUUGGACAAACCUCAGAUGAUCCCCAGCCCACCAGUCCCUUCAUCUCUUCCUCCCCGUCUCUCCAUUUAUCUGAUGCACCACAGCCCUGUCUCACUCAAGGAGAAGCUGUUCCAGUGCAGGAUGACCCCCCGCCUGCAUCCACCCACAGCGCAGAGACACAGCGUUCUUCUGGAGUUAACAGAGCUCAGUCUAGCUCUGCCUCCGGACAUCUGGAGAAGGUCUAUCCCAUCUUUCAAAAGAGCAGGAGUAACGGAUCCACACAGAUGAGUAAAGAUGCUGCAAACUGGCGGUCUCUCCUCUUGCCCUCUUCUUCACCUACCCAGUCCUCUCUGCUCCCUCUCCCCACUCUGUCCCCCAACCCGCUGAUGAACUUUGACAUUCCACAAGAUUUUCAUCUCCCUGAUGACCAGUUUGCCUCCCUAAAGCUGCACAAGCUCCGCCAAGCUGCUGUGGAUUCAGGAGUCGAACAUUUUCCAUCGCCGUCCCGCAACACACGCAGGAACAGCUGGCGCAGCCCAGUGAUGCGUGUUCCGCCUCCGCUCUGCCUCACGCCCACAAUCACAAACUCCCCCAAUCCCACUGAAGCAACACAAGCUGCAACAGAGUCCACAGACCUUCAAAACAUGUCAGAAGAACACGGGCCGACUAAAUGGUCAUUCUGUCGAGAUAUUACAGAAAUUCCUUUAGAGCAGCAGACUGACAACCUUCACCCAGAGUGUCAGACUCACACCAUCUCAACAGAAUCUGUGUCAGUGGCUCAAGAUCCUUCGAGAGACACUGUGACUGUAAAUAUUGACAAGUCACAGCCUCACAUCAACUUUGCAGACAGCCCUGCAGGCAAGGAGAAUGAUGAUGUGAUCGAGCGCUCAGAUGGACUUCAAAUAAAAGAGUCUUCUGUCAUUUUAUUUGAGGAACAAACAGAUUAUCCUGUUGUACUUCGUCCCUUGGAGGAUCGGUGGUGUAAACACCUCCAAACGGAAGAUAAAGCUUUUAUCAAGACUCUGUCCUGUGAAGGCCCUCUACAGGAAACCCCUGAGGAGCCUUCUACCAGCUGCACCGCUGCACAGUUAUGUAAUGACAGUGAAGCUCCAGGAGACCAUCUGAACGCUGCUCAAGAUUCAAAUGAAUCCUCCAAACCCACUGCAAGUCCCCCCAGAGACAGAUUGGUGGACAAUAAAAAUCCUGACCCGUGUGUACCGCGCCACUCGCAGCUCCUGAUGAGCCCUGUGGCAUCAGCACCCUUCACAACUCCACACCUGCCCGCCUCUGCUCUCCUCACCAGCCCCACGCUACCUUCACUAGGACUCACCCCUCACCUUAUCGCUGCUGCCCUCCCUCUGACCUCCUCUCCCAACGCCCCAUGUCUCACCCUGCCUCCUCCACACAGCCCGUCCACCCAGGCACUCUCCCCUCCAGCUCUCUCGCCCUGUCCAUCCAUCACUUCCCUCCCUCCGAGCCAGCCAUCCGCCUCCCCCGCCGGUCAAAUCCAGGCUUCAUCUGAUCCUCCUAACUGCCUGGCUGUCUCCAGCACGCAGUCACAGGGCUCAGGAGGGCGGGUGGAAUCAGAAGAGGAACACAUGAUGAGAUGCAGACACACAUUAAAGGCCCCAGCAGGAGGCUGUCUGGUGGAUGCGUGCUGUCUGCCCGGAUCCUCAGGUGGUUUGUGUGUCGCAGCAGCUGGAAAGUGGGCAGUGUGUCUCUGGAGUCAGACUUCAGCUUUUGAUUGGAGCUUAACACACACCUGGGCCUUCAAUGAGCCUGUGAUCAGUGUGUUUUCCGUGCCGGAUGCUGCUGGGCUGAUGUGCGUGACUCUGGGUCAGCUGGAAAUCAGAGAAGUGAGGAUGCUGUCGUGCUCCAGCCUCUUACAAGUGCUGCUCUGUGAGGAUGUGGUCCAGGCUGUCAUUGGUGUGCCCAAGUCCAGAGUGGUGACCUCCUCCCACUCAGCAUCUGGUUCCAGCCUGCAGGUGUUCACGCUGUCAGACAGUGGCAGCACAUUGAGCUCUCAGUCUCUUGUGUGUCCUGGUGUUUGUGUCGGGGCCCUCGCUCCUGUGGAUGGACUUUCAGAUGCUCUGAUCGGCUCAGAUGAGGGUGGACGCCUCUUUAUCUGGAACUUAAAAACGGGACAGCUGCUGCAGAAAAUCAUCCUCGGAGAUGUUUUAUCAAACACGGCGUGUCUCCGAGGAUACUCCCACUGUGGAGUGUUAUUUGUCCUGCUGCAGCACCAGUUCCUCAGCUCCCUGGAGGAGGAAGAAAAAGAGGCCACGGCAAAAGAACAAAUGUUUUUGAAGAAGGGAAAAGAAGAGGAAAGGAAGAAGACCCCCUUGUUCUCCUCGGUCGCCGUUAACCCUCUGAGUGGGAAAUCUUUCCUGGCUUCUCGGCUGUAUUCGCCCAAAUCCUGGUCUGGCAGGCUGUGUGAAGCUGACGUUAACGGCUCCAUGGUGCUGGGCCUGAGUCAGAGUGGCUGUGUGUGUGUGUGGGAGCUCGGGUGCAGGGAGGCCUCGAGGAUGGUGUGGGCUCCUGAGAGUGAAGGCUGGCAGCUGGCUCGAUGGGGCGGAGGAGGUACGCUGGUGACUGGACAUCACAAUGGAGACGUAUCUCUACACUGCUACAGUACUAGUCAGACUUCAAUCUGUCGCUAAUAUUGAAGGGAUGGUUCGGAUCUUUUGAAGUGGGUUUGUACGAGGUGCUUAUCCAUAGUCAGUGUAUCUAUUUCUAUUUUUGGUGUUUUAACGGUUAGUUCAGAUUCACGAAAGUCACAUAAUUACAUCAACAAACCAACAAAUCAAAAGCAGUGUUAGACCAAGAGCUCCUGUGUUCUGUGAGGUAAAGUUUCUGUUUUUGUUGUGAGUGUGGUGUCUUAGUGAGUCCUAGGGCAUAGACAGAUAUAACCACCUCAGUUCCCCUUCAGAAAUUGGUGUUUAACAGUAAGAUAAAGCAAUGAAAAUAAUCAAAAUAUAGCAUACACUCAAACUGAUAUGGAUUUUUUAGGUGGCUAAAGUACAUUUUGCUGCAUCUGUCUGCAGCAGUAAAUUGCUUCUGUGGUGGUACUGCUGCCUGCUUCUCCAAGCUGGGAACGUGCUGACCACCAUCUACUUUGUGCAAUAAUUCGCUGACUAUGAAUAAGUACCUUUUACAGCUUCUCAUCAAAAAACCCAAACUAUCCCUUUAAAGACUCUUUGAUUACUUUUAUCAAAUAAAAUGUCUGUCUCUCACUGUAUGAAUGUUUACAUGAAGAUUUUAAAAUCCUUCAGUAUCAUUUUUGUUAAUUCUACUUGAUCCUGAGCGCAUUUCAAAGAGAUGCUGUGGCUCCCCUUAAAGACAUUUCAGGUUUACAAAAUUACACUUUCCUGCAUAGGAGUGUCUCUGCAAUCUUAAUGCCAGCAUACUGCUUAGAUGAAGACAUUUAGAAACUGCAAACAAAACGUUUUCAACGAGUUAUUGACCCGCUGGUAUUCAUAAAAUGACCUCAGUGAUACUGUGCUUCUAAAUUGGCCUUUUCUCCUCCUGCCUUUCUACGCUGUUUUAGAGUAACACACACUGAACUUACUUGUGUGAGAACAUUAACUUGAUGUUAGAUUUUCAUUUUUUAGACCACUAUGACCCAAAUCUGACUGUGUUUAUACCACUGCUGCUGUUUUGACUGUUCCUUACUGUUCUGACUGAAAUACAUUGUAAUACUUUCUAUAUUUAAAGAAA